UAUACUGGCGUAUGUUUCUCUUCAUGCAGUUUUAGUUUUUUUAUCCGUGCGGCAGAGGCAAGUUGUGGCACUUGGUGUGGCGAAAAGUACUACCAGAGAGUCAACCGGAGGCUCCAGCGGUGGAGCCGCAGCAAGAGAGUGGCCAGGUGGUGUGGUGCUGGUGAAAAAUCCGUGCGUGUGCGAUCCGGCGACAGAUUCAUCCCUCCAGCAUCCUUCCACGCAACUCAAGUUUGUUUAGGCGUGACACUGCGAAGGGUGUGCAGAUUUCGGGGAAGGUGAGCGCGCCCCCGUGGGGUGUGAGGUGGAGGCAUGUGCCACUGUGGAAAUUUCCCAGCGGUACCUCAAUGAGCGGAGCACGCGGACUGCUCCACAGGCUCUUCGCACGCGAGAUGACUCUGCCUCGUGAGGGAUGUUGUGGAUUUUCGGCCAGAAAAACCCAAUAGAGCGACAUCAGGUCGAUGAGCAACUCUAUGAUUCACUGCCAAGAGGUGUUGGAAUUCAUUGCGACUCCUACUAAUAGCUGAGAAUGGAAAGUGGAGAAACUUAGCUGACUGAUGGUUUUCUACGAGCGUCGUUCAAUUCUGGUGCUCUUCAUCGGGCUGCUCCUGUGCAUAACCAUCUGGCGAGCGUCACAGCCUCAAUUGGUGCCAACGACUGAACUCACCUAUCGCUAUGGCCUUCCUCUGCAGCACGCGUCCAACUCCAGCGGCUGGCCGGGCGGUCCACAGGCCACGCUGGAGCACCUAUCGCCGGAGGACAGGAGCAAAUUGAUUGACUUGGUGGACUUUGAGUAUGUGAUUGGACAGAAGAGCUGCAGUGAGCUGCAUCUGCAGCCACUGGUGCUGAUCCUCGUGCACAGUGCGCCGGGCAAUUGGCGAAAGAGGAAUCUGAUCAGGCGAACGUGGGGACGGGAUGAUGCGCGGGCGCGUCUCCUGUUCCUUCUGGGCACUGUUGCCUCGGCGGACGAUCAGCUGGAUUUGGUGGAGGAGAAUCAGGAGUAUGGGGACCUGAUUCAGGGCAACUUUAUCGAUGCCUAUCGGAACAUGACGUACAAGCACGCGAUGGCGCUCAAAUGGUUCACCUACUCCUGUCCCGAGGCGCACUUUCUGCUCAAGACGGACGAUGAUGUGUUCGUGAAUUCACCCACGAUGUUUGAUUUUCUGGAGAAUGGCGUGGACAGGAGGCGACUUGUGGCGUGCUAUGAAGUGUCUGGGGCGCGCGUAAAACGCAGCUUCAGGUCGAAAUGGCGCGUGAGCACGAAAGAAUAUCCGGGCAAGUACUAUCCUGCCUACUGUCCGGGCUUCAGCAUCAUCUAUUCGCCAGAUGCCGUGGUGAUGCUGUACAGAGAGGCGCAGCGGAGUCCGUACUUCUGGAUUGAUGAUGUUCACGUGACGGGAACGCUGGUGCAGAGGACAAAUAUGACAAUUACACCCCUCAAUCCGUUGUUCCUCACGCGUGGACAAAUGAACAGUAUUGUCAAUGGAAGACUGAAUGCCACAAGUUCCCUGUUCUUUUUCACAAUUCCCGAUCUCAAGGAGCGUGAAAUUGUCACGCUGUGGAAAAUUGUUACAUCCACGUAGAGACUCAAACAUCUUGACAUAUCAAGGAGGCAAAACUUACUGGCAAAACUCAGCCACAACACAUUACCUGUUGAGGGAGUUUCAAAUGUGCUGAAUGCGAAGAAAGAGAGAGAGAAACAGUCACUAUUAGAGACAUUAGAAGGCAGAAAUAUACCUCCAUUCGACAAACAAUUGCACACUGAAGCUGCAGGAUCCUUAUUUUAAUGUCCUGUGAGACACAUUGUAGCACAAACUCAUCUAUUUUGUAAUGAGACAAUGCAAUAUUAUGUUUGAAAACUUGUAUGAGAAUCUCGUAUGUCAAGAAUACUGUUCCAGGAGAAUUGUGCCAAUGUUUAAUUCGAUGUGCUCUGCAAAAAGAAAUUUCCUGGGGGAGUAUUUUUGAGGGGGGAGAAGAAAAAAAUCCAUUGAGAUUCGGCAAAUUUAUUGAAUAAUGCACACUAAGUUUAUUUUUGUUGUUUACUUCGAAGAACGGUAGAGUGAUGAGUAAUUUAUAGUCAAGUGUUCAUCAGCAAUUCUGUGUAUCUGUAAUUUAUAUCAACUAUAUACCUUAAAUUACAUUUUAAUUUUAUUAGCUCAUUUUCCAUAUUAACCCUAAGUUAAUGUUAAGAUGGAAGAGCAAGUGUAAAUCACGCCUAAUGAUUAAUAAGAGGCUUUACUUGUUCCAUGAGUCACUGUAACAAAUCACACACAAAACAAUACCAGGGAAGAGAUGAUUAUGCGAGCGCGUGUUAUUGAGGAAAACCUAAGAGCACACAAAUAAGUGAGCGAAUGAAGCAACUGUAAAACGCUUAUUAACUUAGAAAAUGUUCACUUUGCAAUGGAAAAAGGCCAUUAAGUGAAAUGACGCAAAGGCAUAAAGAGUAAUAAAUGGACAGUGAACAUAAGCAUUACGAAGUGUAUUGCCCAAAAAGAGAAAGAAAGAAAGAAACAGAUAUCAUGAUGAGAGAUUUAUCUAUAGAACAUGUUUAAUUAAAGAACUGCAUUAAUGCAAGAUGUGAUGUUUUAAAGAUAAAAAAAGAAUGAGUAAAAUUGUAAUAAUAAUAAUUGUGUAUAAGUGCGAUGAAACCCCUUAAAUUGGUAAUGCAUUUUGCAAGUAAAAUUCGAAGGUGUGGGCAAAAGUAAGAUAGGAAAUCAUCUUAAGAGUAAGUGUAAUUAAUUUGUAAAUAAAAUGUAGUGUGUUGAUGAAUUUUGUGAACUGUGGAAAUGUGGGAGAGAAAUGGCAAAGCGUUUUAGUUUAUUCUUGAUAGUCAGAUCACAACGGGUAAUUCAGCUAUAAAGUUCUUUUCAUUCUCUCUCUGUAAAAUGUAAUUCAUUGUCCUCAUGCCAUAUAAUAAACACUUUCUUAAGAUGAAGGGGAAAUUCAUGUGAGAUUUCCAAUAAACAGCAAAGUUAUAAUGAAAGUAUCCUUAAAUUGCGUAAAUGUCUUAGAAGAUAAAGCAAAUACUAAUGAAUUAAAUAGCUAACAGAUGCAAAGUAAUGUAAUCAAAGAUAGAUAAUAACAAUAUUGAGAGGAUGCAGAAUGGAAGGCGAUGGAUAUCUAUAAAAGAAAGAAAAGGGAGAAUGGAAUUAUCAGAGAUGUAGAAAUAAGGAAGAGAAGUGCAAAAUGGAGGAAGAAAAAUCAUUUAGACCCAAAUUUGUAAAUAAAUCUAUGAUCCAAAAGCAGAGGAGAAAUAAUAGAGUAUUAGCAAAAGUAUCUGAGGAAGAUGAAUAUAUAUAUCAGUUCAAGAUAUAAACUAUAGAAGAAAAUAUUUAAUAAUUUGCAUUUAAUCUUCAAAAAAAUAUUUAUGAAAGAAAGAAAACCCUAAUAAUUCUUUUAUGUAACGAUAUUACCAAGAAAACAACAAUACUGACCUGGAAAAAGGGUCCAUUUAAUCACCAAUAAUAGAAAACCUAUAUUUACUGACUCUGUAAAAUCUUAGUACUUAAAUUUAAAUAGGAAAUUUCCAGAUAUAGUACAGAAAUACAAAUUGUAUCUUGAGUUAGGCAAUGUUAGCGACUAAUAUAUCAAGUGAAGUUGGCGCGGUUCAUCUUAUAUUUAGUUAACAUGAUGCGAAAGAUGGUCAAAGAUAGGGACAAAUAUGAGAAAAAUGCAAUUGCGAUUGAAAAUUAGCUUUUUGUGAUCUUACUUUGCAACUAAUUUUAAUUUCAUUGCAUUGAGAUAGGCAAAUGUGUCAUUAUUACAAUUAAUUUAAUUGUUUUGAAUUAUGAAGAAUUGUAUAUUUUGAAAGUGAAGAAAAAUGUCAAAGAAUACAAAGAAUGUUUAGGGUAGACAAUUUGACAACAAUUUUGGUAUUGGAAGCGAGAUGAAAAAAAGAAUGGAAGAAUGGUGGAAAAGUCUAAAGGAUAUGAUAAAGAACUGACUAAAGAAGAUUAAGAGGGAUGAACCAAUUAGGAGAAAAAGCGGAAAUUAUUUAAAUUGUUGUAUCAUGAAUUAAAGAACUAUUUACAAUUUUUAAUGAGAGAAAAGAACUAUUGCAUUAAAUUGAAAGAAUUUACCAGUCGUA